GAAACCCCCGUCUUUGUCACUCUGUAUUUGACUGUGUCUGCUUUGAACUGUGCACGGUGGUGAUGCUGCGGAGGAGCAGUUGAUGGGAAGUCAGUCGUAGAGAGAUUUUCGGAUGGAUGAAGUUGAGCGGUGACAUCGGAAGUUCUCUUCUAUUUUGGAAUGUAACACGUACUUAACAAUAGUCUUGGUAUCAAAACUGCCAUCUCUUCGUAAAGUAAAAGAUAGGCAACAGGCAGCAAGAUGGGAUGUAAUAUCAGCAAAGACGUUAAAGUCGAAGAAAGAACUGAAGAAAACAAACCAGAACAAAUUGAAGCGAAGAUGAACGGUGAAGAAAAACCACCGGUUGUCAAUCAAGCGACGAACGGUUGCGAGCCUUCAGAAGAAGAAGCUGCUAAAAAAAUCCAAGCUCAUUUUCGUGGAUACAAAACAAGAAAAGAGAUAGACAACAUGAAGGCUUGUCAAGACGAUAAUAAAGGUAGUGCCGAGCCAGUUGAUCCGGAGUUAGAAAAAGCUGCGACUCGCAUCCAAGCAUCUUUUAGAGGACAUAUGGUACGAAAGGAAAUGAAAGUACCUGUACCAGAUCCAGAACCACCUCAAGAGUCCGAAGAAGUACUCGAUAUUGACCUGUCUGAUCCAGAUUUGGUGCAAGCAGCGACUAAGAUUCAAACAACAUUCCGUGGGUACAAAGCCCGCAAAAACAUGUAAUAUUUGGUGAUGUCCUAACCUCACCUGGCAGCAAAGAUUUUAUAGCUGAUAUUUUUGCCACACAAUAUAAUCUUAUGAGAUUAUGAAGUUGCAGGCAGUAGUUCUACUGAAAAAUUUCUAAAAAUCCACAUUUGUCGUGUAAAUUAGCUUCCUUCUCUUUCACACUCUAUACACAUAUCGUUGGCCGUUUGUAAGUCUAUUUUUUAUCUGUCUUCGCUGCAAUGAGACAAGGAGUUUGAAGAGAAUGGAGAAAGAGACAGAGAGCGAGAGAGAGAAGAUAGAGAAGAGAGAGAUAUAUAUACAAGCUUCUUGAGUAAAAAUAAAGAAAAACAAAUUGUCUUUCGAGUAUAAUCAAAUUAAUCUCUCAUCUUAACUUCUUAGAAUAUUUAUAAAUUUUCUGACGCAGGGUGAUCUAAAUCAAUCAGCAUUCAGCUGCCAUAAGAGGACAAUCUUCCAAAUUUCUAAACGAAGUAAGAAAAAAAAAAAAAGAAUAAUGUAAUCUAGGAGCCUUAGUAUCGAAAUGCUUUUUUUUUUCAUACAAAAUUUUCAUAAUUUGACGUGCUCUCAUAACUCUCUUAGUUUUUAUUUGUAAAA